AUGGCGUCCGGCCUCCUCCUCGUCGCCCUGCUCUCCGCAGCCGUCAUCUACGUCGUACUUCUCUGGCGCCAAAAACGCGCGCUUUUCAAAGGGCUGCCGCAGCCGCCUGGCCACGACCCGCUCUUCGGCCAUGCCAAAAUCAUCAAGGAGCUGGCAGAUGAGCUUCCGCCCGGUGUCCACCCUGCCGUCUACAGCUACCUGUUGAGGGAAAAGUACAACCUGCCCCGUGCUUUCUACGUCGACCUCUGGCCCUUCUCCGACUCGUGGCUGCUGGUCACCGCCAACGAACUGUCCGAGCAGAUUACUACCAAGCCUAACAUCCCCAAGUUCAACCGCAUGAAGUACAUGCUGCAGCCCUUCGGUGGUCAGCGCAAUCUUGUCGUCAUGGAAGGCGACGAAUGGAAGAGGUGGCGCGCCAUCUUCAACUCUGCCUUCUCCGCCGCCAAUCUCUCCAAGCACAUCCCGGCAAUCGUGCACGAGACGGAGAAGUUCCUGGACUUCCUCUCCGCCAACGCUGCUUCUGGCCAAGUCUUUGAAAUGGAGCCCGCCGUCGUCGAUCUCACUGUGGAAAUCAUCGGCCAUGUCAUUCUAGGCAAUGCUUUCACUGCCCAGGCCGGGGCAAAGGGCUACAAAGCAGCCCUCCGUGAUCAAAUCUACUGGGUGUCCGUUGGCUCCCUACCGGGCUUCUCCGCACUCCGCGCCCUCGACCCGUGGCGUCUCUUCAAGAUGCGGUCCAACGAGCAAAAGAUGAACCAGGCCAUCGGCAACGUCAUCGAAGAGCGCUGGACCGAGCGCCAACAGGCCGGUCCGUCAGGCAAAAAGGCGCUAUACGCCAUCGACCUCGCCCUAGAUGCCUACGCGGCCGACAAGAAAGCAAUGGGCCAAGAUCCUACCACUGUCGCCAUCGACACCGAGUACAUGACGAUCCUCCAGGACCAGAUGAAGACAUUCGUCUUCGCCGGCCACGACACGUCCUCGGGCACCAUCUGCUACAUCAGCUGGUCUCUCCACAAGCACCCGAAAUGGCUCGACGAGGUCCGCGCCGAGCACGACCGCGUGCUGGGACCCAACCCGUCAGCCGCCGCCGCCGCCAUCGCCGCCCGCCCCAACGUCAUCAACGAACUGCCCGUCACCACCGCCAUCAUCAAGGAGACGCUGCGCGUCUUCCCGCCCGCCGGCACCCUCCGCGGCAGCGACGUGCCCUACCCGAUCGUCGACCCGGAGACGGGCGAGACGUUCGAUACCAAGGGCUUCAUGGUGUGGGCGCCCGGCUUCGCCCAGAUGCGCGACGAGCGCUACUUCCCCGACCCGCAUUCGUUCAGGCCCGAGCGCUGGCUGCGCGACCGCUGCCCGGACGAGUUGGAGCCGCGGCUGAAGGACCCGCAUGCCUGGAGGCCGUUCGAGGUCGGCCCGAGGAAUUGCAUCGGGCAGGAGCUGGCCAUGAUCGAGGUCAAGAUCGUCAUGGCGUUGAUGCUGAGGAAGUUUGACAUUAUACCCAGCUACACGCAGAAGGUGGACAGCAAGUUUGAUUUCUUGGGAGGACAGGCGUAUCCGGUGCUGUUCGGUACGGCCAAGCCGAACCAGGGCAUGCCAAUCAAGGUGGUGGAAAGGACUUCGUAA